UUAGCGUUGUUGUAUUUAUACUCGAAUAAACAUAUGAUUUAAAUUAGUUUUUCGAAUGGACUAUGUAGCAUCGCAAAUAUUUCUCAAUGUAAAUUACUAGAAAACGACAAGUUCUCGGAAACAAUUCAGGUUUUAUUAAAAAUGCGGUUAUGAGACGUUAAUUGGACCGUCUGAAAAUUCUCCCGUCAAACAGGUGUUAUUGAAUGUGUGUUACAGUUCCCAUCGUAAUUAUUUAUUUAUGGUGUAGUGAAUAAUACAAAUAUCGAUCGAAAAAACGAAGGGUGUCCCUGAGAAAGGAGCCAGCAUAAUAUCGUAGGAAGACUCGAGCGACAAACUCAUCGUUGUGAUAAGAGACGCUAACGACCAGAGUGGUUUACACUAUGUGCCGUAGCAGGAAAUUCACUGUUGUCUCCAGAUAAGCAUGUAGAAGUGGCACCAUGCCCGGACGCUGUCGCUAUCUCGGUUUACACAUUAUGGUAUUGGAGUCGAGGUGAGAGUGAGCCGUGGCGAGCAUGCCGCACCAGUACGGCGCGGGCGCGGGCGGCAUGGGCGGGGGCCCGCCGUCGCCGCCGCCGCAGCACGGCGCGCUGUACCCGCGCUACGCCGCCGCCGCGGGCCCCGGCGCCGGCGCCUACCGCCCCGAGGAGCGGCGCCUGACGCGCGAGGCCAUGGAGCGCUACCUGCGCGACCGCUCCGACAUGGUGGUGGUCAUCCUGCACGCCAAAGUCGCUCAGAAGUCGUACGGCAACGAGAAGAGGUUCUUCUGUCCGCCACCCUGUAUAUAUCUGUUCGGCGACGGCUGGCGGCUGCGGCGCGAGCGCAUGCUGCGCGAGGGAGAGACUGAGCAGGCAUCACAGCUGUGUGCCUUUAUCGGCAUCGGCAACUCCGACCAGGACAUGCAACAGCUCGACCUCAACAACGGCAAGCAGUACUGCGCCGCCAAAACAUUGUACAUAUCAGAUUCAGACAAGCGCAAACAUUUUAUGCUCUCUGUAAAGAUGUUCUAUGGCAACGGCCAUGAUAUUGGAAUAUUUAAUAGUAAAAGAAUAAAGGUGAUAUCUAAGCCUUCGAAAAAGAAACAGUCAUUGAAAAAUGCAGACUUAUGUAUUGCUAGUGGAACUAAGGUAGCUUUAUUUAAUAGACUAAGGUCACAGACUGUGUCGACGAGAUACCUCCAUGUUGAGAAUGGAAAUUUCCAUGCGUCGUCCACUCAGUGGGGAGCGUUCACGAUACACCUGCUGGACGACAAUGAGAGUGAGUCGGAGGAGUUUGCAGUGAGAGACGGGUAUGUCCACUAUGGGUCCACUGUAAAACUUGUGUGCUCAGUGACAGGCAUGGCACUGCCGAGACUUAUAAUAAGGAAGGUAGACAAACAAAUGUCUCUCCUAGAAGCUGACGACCCAGUGUCUCAGCUACACAAGUGUGCUUUUUACAUGAAAGACACUGAGCGCAUGUACCUGUGCCUUUCUCAAGAGAGAAUCAUUCAGUUCCAAGCCACUCCGUGCCCAAAAGAGCAAAACAAAGAGAUGAUCAAUGACGGAGCUUGCUGGACUAUCAUAUCAACUGAUAAGGCUGAAUAUCAAUUUUAUGAAGGAAUGGGUCCUGUCAGGUCGCCGGUGACGCCGGUGCCGCUGGUGCACUCGCUCAACCUGAACGGCGGCGGCGACGUGGCCAUGCUGGAGCUGGCCGGCGACAACUUCACGCCGUCGCUGCAGGUGUGGUUCGGCGACGUGGAGGCGGAGACCAUGUACCGCUGCGCGGAGUCCAUGCUGUGCGUGGUGCCCGACAUCUCGCAGUUCCGGGGGCAGUGGCUGUGGGUGCGACAGCCUACGCAGGUGCCAGUGUCGCUGGUCCGCAACGACGGCAUCAUCUACGCCACGGGGCUCACGUUCACGUACACGCCGGAGCCGGGCCCGCGCCCCACGUGCCCGCCCGUGGACGACGUCAUGCGGCCCGACAACGCGUGGCACGACGCGCACCGCCUGCCCGACGCGCUGCAGUAGCGACCAGCGCCGACAGCUACUGCCUGGUUGGUGACAAUGAUUAGUGCUCUUCUGUGACAUUCACUCAUGAUCAAGAGACUGGUUGGUUCUGUGACUAUUGGUGUCAAUCUCAGACUAAAUACAUAAGGACUAGUAUCACACCCAAAUUCACGAACAAAAUUUUCUGCCAUUUUCUAAGGAAAACGAGCUUAGAUUUCAUACAUAUCUUAUACUAAAGUAGCAGUUUUUGUUCGUUUUUUACACCAUUUAACUACACAAAAAGGUAUUUUUAAGGAGGUUUUUAACCGACGGACACGAUUGUAAACUAUGAAACAUCGAUUCUAUAGAGACAGUGUUUAUAAUCGCAUAAGAUGACAAAAAAUAAUGUCUUGCGAGGCAGGUCUUUAUCUAAUUAGUCUGAGGUGUCAAGUGUCAAGUGAUUAGUGCAUCUCAUCAUCAGCUUCUGCGGCCCAUACAUAUGCACUCAUGAUCAGAGACUGUUCUGUGACCAAUUUUGUUCUGUGCCCUACUGUGCAUAUACCCAAAAAUGUUCUGUUUUUCCUGCUGGCCUAUUCACAUAUUACAUCCUUCAUUGAUUUAUAAAAGCAGGGAAAUAGAAAAUGUUAGUUAAAUGUGAUUUGUCCCCUUUAUUGAAAGAUCACUUUUAAGUCAUGGGAAUGUAUUAUUAUGUCGCUGAUAUCGAUAUAAUAAUAGAAUGAAUGCGAAGGAAUAAUUUAUUUAUCUACUACAUGUUUCACUGUGUUUAGAUCACUUUUUCUCGGUCUUCGAAAGGAACAAAUGUCACCUAAAAGUUGAUAACGUAAAUUCAUGAAAAACGUUAAAGGAGAUCAUUCACGCUCCAUACAUUUUUGGGCUCUUUUUGAAAGUGCCGGCCAACAAAAAAAAAUGGCAUGACUCGUUAUAAUUAGCUAUUUGGAGCAAUAGUUAAUAUGGCAUAAAAGUUGUCAGGUGGCUCUGAACCAAGUUAUAAAGGUUCGACGAUUCGUUAUUUCCAUACAUUUUGUCAAUUUUCAAAAGUGCCCGCUAAGAAAAAAAACUGAUACGUAUCGUUAGAACUGCCCAUUUGAAACAAUAGUUAGUAUGGCACGAAUGUUGUAAGAUUGCUCUGAACCAAGUUAUACAGGUUCAAUGACUCGUCACUUCUAUACAUAUUUUUUGAGUGUUGUAAGUGCCCACCUACAAUAUAAAUAAUACGUAUCGUUGUAACUAGCCAUUUGCAGCAAUAGUUACUAUGGCAUAAACAUUUUAGUAUAGCUCUGUGUCCAGUUAUGCAGUUUCGAUGAUUCGUCAAAUCCAUUUAUUUUAUUGAUUUUUUAAAGUACCGUUUAUCAAAAAUAUGGUACUUAUGGUUAAAACUGCCCAUUUGGAGUAAUAGUUAGUAUGGUUAGUAUGUAUGAUUUAUUUUGUUUGCGGGCACUUACAAAACUCAGUAAAAUGUAUAGAAGUGACGAGUCAUCGAACCUGUAUAACUUGGUUCAGUGCAGUCCUACAACAUUUGAGCCAUAGUAACUAUUGCUCCAAAUGGACAGUUCUAACGAUACGUACCAGUUUUUUUUCUUGGCGGGCACUUUUGAAAAUUGACAAAAUGUAUGGAAAUAACGAAUCGUCGAACCUGUAUAACUUGGUUCAGAGCCCUCCUACAACUUUCAUGCCAUAUUAACUAUUACUCCAAAUGACUAGUUCUAACGAUUCGUGCUAUUUUUUUUCGUUGGCCGGCACUUUCAAAAAGGGCCCAAAAUGAAUGAUCUCCUUUGGUUGCGAUAGUGCCUAAAUAACCAAUGUCCAUUCGACAAUUAUGAUAAUACAAUGAUAUGUAAAGGAAUUAUUUAUUCUGGUACUACCCGCGAAAUUAAAAAAACCUAAACUUGUCAUCCUGCAUUAACUUCCGAGUCAUUGCUCGCCGGAAAACGAUAUUUUGUCGAAACUGGGUAUAACUCCAUAAAGAUUUGUUUGAUUGAUUUAUUGAGCAAGUUGAUUUAGAAAUCAGAUAUUUAUUCGAUGCGACUAUGCGACUUCGAAUUGUACUUCGUUCUCUUCCUUCCCCGUGCCUCUGAGAGCACGUUUAAUCGUCGGUCGCGAUCGUCAUCUUGUAAUUAUUGUUAAAUAGUCAAAACAUCGCUCGGGCUUACCUUGCAUUAGAGCAACAUUGGUCUUAGCUCCAUAUCUCCUCUCCUAUAAGGAGAAAAGCCUGACCUAUUUAUUUUUUAAUUUUUAGACUGCGAUUGUAGAAAGAGAAUUGCGUGCCAUGCCACAUGGCUACAAGCUCUGGCUUUGUAGUGGACCGUCAAAUAGGCUUGUUCUUUUUGAACAUUAAUGACGUCUGUCUAUCAUAAUGUUUCAUGUUCCAUUAUAUUGAGUCAAAUGAGAUUUUUUUUAUUUCAUACCAAUCUUAACUUAGCAGUAACAAAAGCAAUAACAAAUAGAAAAUAGCACAAUAGCGCUAAGAUAGUCAUAUAAUUGUAUUUGAAUAACAAUCGAGGAUGUAUCACAUUUACUUGAUAACAUCGUGAUGGUAAUUACCAUCGCGGUAAAUUAUCCUAUCCUAUCUCAGACCAAUUAUUGUAUAGGACCUGCAUCGCUAGACGUUACUUUUCUGUCAAAGUAUAUGAUCAACGAUCUAAUGCGAUUAUAAAAACUGUCUCUAUAUAAUCUAUGUUAAAUAGUUGUAAUCGUGAUCGUCUGUAAAAGAGCUCCGUAAAAAUACCUUUUUGUAUUAUUGAAUUGCGCCAAAAACGGGCAAAAUCUUCUAGUUUAGUAUAAGAUGUAUACCAAAUCUAAGCUCGUUUUCCUCAGAAAAUGACAGACAAUUUUGUUCGUGCGAUACAGGUACUUCGAUAGGCGAUAUUGGUCUGAGUAUCCUAUUAUACCUCUGCAUUGAUAUGUUCCUAAACACUGCUUAAUCGCUCCACCAAAGUAAACAAAGAAAACAACAAUAUUAUAUAUAUUAUUUAUAAAAUCAAACUUACACCUCUAAGCGUUUUUUAAUUAGGCUUGUAGUUUGCUUUGCGACUGCUAAUCAAAAAUCUCGAAAGUCGUGUUUAUCUUCAACACUUAAAGCGAAUUUGAUGUCGCACCACAAAAUUUGCGGUAUCAAAAAUAUUACUCUCUCUUUUGUCUCUUCUGCCGUUAUUGGUCGAUAAUACCUUCUCUCGUCUCGGGAUAUCUUGCUGACGCAUGAUAGGAUUACUUGGCCUAAUACCAUAAUGUCCUCGACUCCCAAUGAUCUCCCAAUAAUCAAGUCUAAUUGACGCAAUAAUAGAGUAUAAAUAGAGACUUUUCCCUUUUCGCACUCACUUGUGUGUUCGGGUCGGCGACUAUCUGACGAGGCGCGGUGAACCGGAGUACGUUGCUGUCAAACUAUUAACGACAUUGCUAGCGUUAAAAUAAAGUCGAAAAUAUGUAACCCUUAUCGCUCUUUUCUUUUCUCUCAGUAUUAUGAGUAUUUAUUGACAUUUAUUCCAAUUUUAACGCUGACUGUGUCAAUGAUAGUAAGUUAAAAACGUUUUACGACCGCCACUCAACAGAUGUCUAAAAUAUGGCACUAGCUCUAGUCCUUCCGGUUCACAUUUAUUUUUAUAAAGAAUAUUCGCCAUAUCUUUUGAAUAUGGCCAAUAUCCUCUCCAAUUAGUCAAAAAUUACUAAUAGGAGUGGGUACCACAAUAGUCUAGGGUAUUGAACCAAAACCUCUUGGUGAUGAGUCCGUCGAGCUAUUGAGGUAUCUUUACUGGAUAGUCGGCUAAUCUUCAGUGACCCAUACCAGCCAAAACUCGAUCGAGAAAUAAACAUUACUAUUUUAUGUAUUUUUUUGAACAAUUGCUUGCGUUACCCGUGACCACAUGAGCUGAAAUAAAUAAAGACACUGUAAAUAUACAAUUAGAUAUGACUUUUUUUUCUUUUAUUAUUAUUAUUAUGUGUUGUUUUAAUAAUAUAAUUAAUUGAUCAAAUACAAAGGUGUAAAUCGUGAUAGAUAUAAAAUUGUUUUAAGUCUGUCGAUCAAAUUACCUAUAAUGAGGGUAUUUCUAAUUUUUUGUCGAAAAGUGAAAUUAUUGUUUUCGAAAGUAGCUUUUUAUAAAAAGCUAGUUUUGAUGACAAAUUGUGAAAAUUUGGUUUUACACGAAAUUAACAAAUACUGUCAAAUUUACGAGUAGUUGUGUACAACCAAGUGGCACAUUUGUCUGAAUGUUGAUCUGUACAGUAUCAGGUCAAUUCUAAUAAAUUCCUUGAACGGUUUGACGCUUUGACGUAAGUCAUUUAUGUCUGAAUCCAAAAAUGAAUACUUUUGAGGGUAGUUCCUAAAAAACGGCAUUUAUGCUAUUAUGUGGUGUUGAGUUAAGGAAAAACAUCUCAAUGAAAAAGUGUCCGUUGAAUGCGUUGAGUUACCUUGAGUAUUUGCUAUAAAUCUAUUAAAAUGUCAUUUACCUACUGUGUGCUAUCCACGACGGGUUGACAGAAGGCACCGUAUGACAUAUUUAUAUCCUACAUAGAAUCUUCAAUUUCGUUCAUGUCAACUAACUUAAGGCAAAGUUAGUAAAUCAGCCUGCUGGUCCACAUUUUUUAAGUAGAUAAUUAAGGCAGGUUGACAACUGGUCUUGUAACUAUCCCUGCUACUAAACUACAUGGCUGGACACAGAACCCCCUAAACCCCCUAUCUCUCCAAGGCGAGCACUGAAGAGCUAGUAGUCGACGUAAAAUACUCACAGUUUUUCACUUGUACCCUACAAAAUGAAAUAUAUUUUUAACUAUGGAAAGUUAAAUUAGAAUUCAAUUCCAAUAGGUAUGUAGUUCUUAUCAUACCCGGAUUUUAAAGUAGAAUUUAUUUUUACGGACGGACACUUUUUUAGUAAUAUCUUUAAAUGAAAUGUUUCUCCUUUCCUCUGCUCUCCACCAAUCUCGAAAUUAAAAAAUAAUAAUUUAUAAAACAGAGAUCUCUCUUGCUCUUGAAUAUAUUUCUUCGGGGCCAAAUAGCUGUAAAAUCCAUGACGAGUCAUUGAGUUUAUAUUGUAUUGCAAUUAAGUAUAAUGUAAUGUAAUAUGUAAGUUAUGUAAUAAGUAGCUUUAUAGGAAAACGUCAUUGAAAAUGGCACUUUAAGUCUUUUAUUUUAGGGUGUGAAUUUCUUUUCGAUUGUAUAAACGUAUACAAAAAGGCAUCUAGACGAUCUGGGAGCUAUUAUUUAGUAAAAAGACAAAUAUAAAUUUUGUAGGUUAUGUAUUAUAAGAGAACGAAUAGUUUUUAAUGAAGUUCUGUUUUGUUUCCUGAGUGGGUCUGCUAUGCCGGCUCCACUUGUUGAUCCUAACGUCACUCAUUCAACGUAUGGAGACGGUGUUAUUAAUUAUAAUCAUAAUUGACCACUAAAUCGAAAGUCUCAUAUUUUUUGUGUAGUCUAUGAAAACUCGAGCACCGUUAAUUGUAUUUAGUUAUUUUAAGACAAGUUUUCUAGAUUUACUUACAUAGGUAAAUCUAGAAAAACAUGUCCAAACUACCAAGUCAAGAAACAACUCACAAAUAUAAAGGAGAUGAUCCCAAGGCCUGGUCAGUGUACAGAAACUGAAAUAAUGGAAUAUGAAAUAUUAAACUAUUUAUGAUUAUUCAAAUCUAUUAAUUUAACGAAAUUAAUGUUUAUAUUCUACAAGAUAUGCAACAAUACAGGUAAUAAUGGCGAAUUGAUGUCGUUUUGACGUUUUAUAUAAAUACUCACAUAACGUUUGACAAAAUAUGGCUGAAAGCUCACAUGGCAUUUGACAAAUGUCUGAAAGGGCGCCAUUUUGAAAUUCCUCGAAAACUUGGAAUUGUAUUUCUAUCUUGUUAUUUGUUCGAGUUAUUCCUUUAGUUUAUUUUUAAUAAAAUCCUUGUAUUUUUAGAAUUUCAAUGUUAAAGUACCUGGCCUGAAGUGGACCAUAUUCUUACAGAAAAUAAGUUUUCAUUAUGUUUGUUUAUAUAUCUUUAGUUUAGAUAGCAGACCUGCUGAUACAUUAGUAAACACAAUGCAGUAAAAGUAAAAAGAGAUAGAUAUGAACACGUACUACAAUAGGAGUGUACACACGACUUGUCACGUUGAAGUCCAUUGCAAGACUGAGAUUGGGUUGGUUAAUUAACCUACUUUUUUCAUUCAGCAGGGCAAUUACCCGCCUUGGUUCAAGUCCUGGUCGGGCUAAGAAAUGUUUUUUCUUUUUUUAAUCUCAGUAAAAAAAUUCAGUCAGGAGGUGUCUCGGUGAGCACAAUCGUCGAUCUCGAUUCGUCUGAUAUUGUCAUCUUCUGAUAGUAAUCAAAAUCAAACAUUGUACUUUUUCCUUCUAUUCACCCUUUUCCUAUAAAGCUAAAUAUAAAUUAGCUAAUAAUGAUGACUGACCAUUUCAAUUAUCUGGUAAACAGUUACUAUGAACCUCCUUCUUCUUAGCGUGGUCCCACUACGAGGGGUCCCCUUUCUUGCAUAAUCUCGCCCACUUUGCCCGAUCAUGUUAAUAUGAACCUAUUGCGUAAAAAACAAUGAUUACUCGCGCAAAGAUAUGUCUAACUUGCAUAUCCAACAGGGCCUCAUGAAGACAUUCCAUAUGACCGCUUGUCGUAAUUAUAUCUAUCUCUUUUUAGUUACCCAAAGAGCCCAUGAUUCGUUUCAUGUUGAGUUUGGAUGUGUAAUUAUAUACGGCCUAGACAUGUGGCAUCACGAUUGUCCUUCUACAAACGCUAACGCUUCGUAAAUUAGCAAAAUGUAUAAAAAAUGACAGAUCCAAUCUACAAUUUGAUCAGGUGACCUGUCGUUAGUGAAUGUAAUUCCCAUGCAUUUUUUUAAUUUUCGAAGCGUUUUUCGAAAGAGAAUCGUCAUGCCACAUGGCUAGAGGCCCGCUCCUAUAGCCAAGUGGCACGUCGAUUCUCUUUCUCAGAUCGCUAACGCUUUAAAAACUAGAAAAAUGUAUGGGAAUGACAUUUGCAUUCAACACUUUCACAUGAUCAAGAUCUGUCAUUCCUAUACAUUUUUUUAAUUGUCGAAGCGUUAGCGCUUGUAGAAAGAGAAUCGUCAUUCCACAUGGCUAGAGGCCCUGAUUACUAUACAUAGCAGUUUGUGCCGUUAUACGUAUGUAAGUACAUUGCGCAGACAAUCCAAUGAACAAUGUAGAUAAGUAGCUAGAUGUACGUAGCUCAUUUACUUUUUAAACAUUACAUUUGAAAUUAUAUUUAUUUUGAUGCCAAUCGUGUUUUUGUACAAUUUGUUUUGGGUAAAUAUGUGUAUUUAUGAUAGUGUGAUUACGAACAUUCCACGCGGAAAGUGUAAUAAGUACAAAAGAAUAAUAUUUUUGUAUAAAAAAAAUGUAAUAAUUAAAAAAGUUGCGCGCGAACACACGCGAAGGAAGUGAAACUUCUUUGGGUUAACUUAACCCGUAAACAUAAACGCUAUUUUACUACACGCAACUGGAAUCAUGGGUCCAAUUGGACCCAAGAUAGCUCGUUCUCUCCACAUCUAGUAAGCAGUAGUGCUGCACGUUGGUCAUCCAUUUCACCAUGCUAUACAGGGUGCUGGGAAGUAUUUCCAAUAACUCGGAGGUUAUAUUCUUUACCGGAAAAUUAAAAAUGUUCAAGGAACAUGUGUAAAAUUAAUAUUUUAGGGGUAAAUAAUAUUUCUUUUGUAAAUAGAUCUUAAUAUGUGUCCCUAAUACGCAUCCUUAUAAUUAUGACGUAGCCAAGUUUAACGUAUUUUAAAAUGCAAGGAUAGAUAAAGGCGUGUGUUCCAUGGAUAGUCGGAAUUAUUUGAAUUAAUUUGUAUGAAAACAAAAAGUUUUUAUUUUUUAGUUUAAUAAAUAUUAGUUAGGUAUGCAGUUUCGGACUCCUAUAAGUGGACUCGUCAACACUUUGAAGUUAUGGGAAAUACUCCCGAGCAUCCUGUAUAAUGAGAUUAGAUCGAUGCGUAAAACUGUAACUUUUUGUUGUUCUUGGGUACAAAUGGACCCAACGAUUCCGGUUACCGGUUAACAUAUUUAUCUGUGUGUUAAAUAAGUCUGCAAAGAGCAGGCAAACAAAUCAGCAGUAGUAUUUUACGUGUCAUAAUUUAGAUACAUAUUUCAUUUUGUGAAGAAGGUUGCUACCUCAGAAUAUAGAAAACUCCAUGAAGGUAUUAACGCGCAUAGAAAUGAAGUCAUUAAAAUCACUCUUUUUUGGUGUAAUUUCACGAACAAGUGAGUAAUUUCACGGCAUACACAGAGUGAAAUCAAGAAAGAAGAAAGAAAGAACAUUUAUAUAAAUAUAUAUUUAUAUAAAUAAAAAUUGUGCCAUACACCACAAAGCCUAAUUAAGCACUAUUGUAGUGUCUGAUGCUUCAACCACCUGAACAAUUGGAAAUCAAAACUAAAGUAGUUGAAGCAUCAAAAACCACUUCGUCAUGUUUGGCACAACCUUGGAAAAAGGUAGCAGCUCAGCAUUGUGCCGCAUAAACUAAGCAAAGUACUUGGCCAAGCGGCGCUGAUUUUCAGCUGGUACCUCGAUACAGGUACAAUUUUUGGACACAAUUUGUGCUUUUUAAUGACAGCUGCACAUGGUUUCUGGUGUUUUCAGUAUUCUGAGGUUACUACAAUCAAAGCCAAAGCUCCUUCAUUAGAUGGAAUAGGUAAUUAUAGGAUUAUGUUUGCUGUUUUUAAUGAUUUUUUGUCAAACUUGAAGAAGUUUCAUUUCCAUAUGAAAUUAUUGUUUAAUAUUGAUUAAUCGAAAUGAUUUUAUAGAAUUGGUAAAUAGCAGUAUUACAAGGAAUUAGUAUUAUACGCAAGGAAUGUGCCGUCAAUUUGUAUGAAAAUAAGCCGAAAAUAACCGUGUUACUCGAAAAGUUUUUAUCAUUUUACAUUUUGGUAUUUCUACAUAAUAUAACGCUCAUGUUUAAGAAUGUAUUGUUUGUAUUUCAUGUAAUUGCGAUGAUGUGAUAUUAUGGAGCAGUAAUUCUAAAACAUGAAUAUUUUAGUAAAACUGAAUUUAAAUAA